UCUCGCGAUGCCGCAUUUAUGACCGCUCAUUGUUCCUCUCCACCAAUCUACGUAGCCAGGUGCUAAUCGAGCGCGAUUGGGAGCCCUUUGGGAGAAAAGUUCAGUGUUGGGUUUCAAGUGCUGCGGAGGCGGAGCGUCUGCGGGCUGCGGGUCGGACUCAGCAUCCAGACGUGCACGACGACAACACUUCACACAACUGCUUGGUCAGCUCUGAAGUUCUUUUGCGGUACCGUUUGUUCGCUCCUUGAUAGAAUAUACACGUCGGUAUGAUUCUGCUGCCAGUUCUUGCUGUGGUCUUCCUGCCAGAAGCAUGGGGUCAGAGGAAUAGCGACAGCAGACUUGGUGUAUUGGCUGAUGCCAGGAACAUAACACUCCCUGUGGGGAGUAAGGCUGUCCUGCCUUGCCACAGCCCUCGCAUGGUGUGGACAAGGGAUAGACUAAAGGACCGUCAGAGGGUAGUGCACUGGGACGUGAUGCGGAACACGCCAAAAUACUCAGUGGAACGAAUCCUGGAUAUGUCUCCUGGAGCCCGUCAGAGGGUCUACAAUAGCUUCAACAAGGGUCGCAUUUCCAUACCAGGUUCUGCGUUUAAAGAUGGCAACUUCUCCCUUGUCAUCAACAAUGUGGUCCAAAAUGACCGAGGAGUUUACACGUGCAAUCUGCAUCAUCAUUACUGCCAGAAUCAGCAGUCUGUUCAGAUUCAGCUCAACACAACCAAGUCAGCGAACAAGGAGAAGCGAUACUGGGAUGGAGAGAAGACCAUCUUCGUGGUCUUGUUGGGAAGCUCAGUUGUAUUGCCAUGUGUCAACCGGCAUCCCCUGUGGAGAGAUGGCCUCCAAGAGGACCAGCAGCAGGUGGCCCACUGGGACUUUCAGCCACCGGGGGUGCGCCCAGAUCGAGCCAACCGCUUGGUGGACCUCUAUGCUUCAGGAGAGCGUAGGGAUUACGGUCCACUUUUUGCUGACAAGAAGAUGAGUGUGGCUGAGGAUGCUUUUACACUCGGGGACUUUUCAUUGACCAUUUUGGACUUAAAGCCAGAUGACAAAGGCCUGUACUCCUGCCACCUGCAUCACCACUACUGUGGCUUACACGAGAGACGAAUCUUCAGACUCACCGUGGGAACUUCACCGCAGUCAGUUCCUACCACCUCAUCAGUGACCAGCUAUAAUAAGGAACCUGAACCAAGGAUUGAAGAGGUGGUCAGCCCUCAUGUGGUGAACGUCAUCCUCCCUGAGCAUCGAAGCUACUUCGUGCAGCAUUUGGGCUAUUUCUUGGCAACUUUCCUGCUUCUGGCCUUCAUCGUCAUCACGAUCAUUGUGCUGACUCGGCGUCAUCAAAAGCGAGGCCUGGCAUACGACCUGCGCAGAUGCGACGAGAGAAAUGGCAUUAAUGAAGGUGAAAGCUCACUGGAUUGCACAGAGCUGAGGACCCGCAAUCAAGAACCGCUCAAUUCAGAUUACAAAAACAAUCUCCUGAAAGAGAGAGAGUUCAGCAAAGACUGCAACAAGGACUUUGAUGGCAAGCCAUGGAAGUGAGAGAGACGCUUUGGAGACGCUGCUGGCAGGACCAGAGCAAACACUGCGAGAGAGAGAAAGGGACGCGCAAUGCUCCUCUGCUGAAAAUCCCAAGGCUUUUCACCUUUUUGUUUUCAUUUAUGAAAUUUAGUCAACUUCAUUUUAUACUUUAGGGUUUAUGUUGUAUUUGAGAUGUUAUUCUUCUCUUUUUAAACAGGGGAUGUAUGUUCCACUAUUUCACAAUAUUUAAUUGUAAUGUUUUUGUAGCAGGGUUUUUGGUCAUUUUCCAGCAUGGUUCAGCUGUAAUGUGCAUGCAUGCAGAGCUUUUGUUGACUUUCCAUUUUUUAAAAAUAAUAUUGCCUAUCUCUUUCUCUUUUGUUUGUUGGUUUGUUGUUGGCACACUUUCUGCUGUAUUGUUAUCUGCAAAUCAUCAAGUCGUUUACUGUGUGUGGACAGAAUCACCAGUGGUGACACAUUUUAAUGUUACUUAGUUUUUUUAAAUAUAGGUACACAAAUUGUUGCCGAGUGUGUAUGUGUUACCCCCCAAAAAAAUAAACGUUUUAAAGAGCCA